AGAGACUCUCAGAUCAGAGUGAGUUAAAAAGCGUUCCUUUGAGUUCGAGAGGCGAAUCAACGAAGGAGACAACAGACACUCUGAGAAAGAGGCGGCUAGGGAUCCGACUCACUGCUUCCUUCAGUCACUUUCUUUUUCCCUUUUGAUUCCUUGCCUCCAUUGAACCCUCUUCUUCUUUUAGAUUCUCCUCUCUUCCAUGUGCGUUUUUUUGAAGACGACGACGAUGAUGCUGAUGUCUUUGAAUUGAAUCCAUUUCUACAACCAUGGCUUACCUGAUGUAGUGAUUUUGGAUCAAAUUCAUUCUCAAAGCUGGCUCCUUUACUCUGUUUAUUAUAUAGAAGAAGCUCUGUUUUUGUGUGGUUCUCUUUCGUUUAAACGUAACUUUAUGCAUAGAAGCUCUUCUACUCCUUGUCUUUCACCUACUGGGAAGGAUCUGCAACAGAAAGAUCGAAGUGGUCCGAUUGAGAUACUGGGACACUCGGAUUGCUUUUCCAUUGUCAGACAUAUGGUGAAGGACAUUGUUAAGGCGAUAAAGAUGGGUGUUGAACCGCUUCCUGUUCAUAGCGGGCUUGGAGGUGCAUACUAUUUUAGGAACAAAAGGGGUGAGAGUGUUGCGAUUGUAAAGCCGACAGAUGAAGAGCCAUUUGCACCUAACAAUCCUAAAGGCUUUGUUGGGAAAGCCCUUGGGCAACCUGGCUUGAAGUCUUCCGUACGAGUGGGGGAAACCGGGUUUAGAGAAGUUGCAGCUUAUCUUCUUGAUUAUGGCCGCUUUGCUAAUGUCCCUCCCACUGCUCUUGUGAAGAUAACUCAUUCUGUAUUCAAUGUCAACGAUGGGGUGAAGGGGAACAAGCCUCGGGAGAAGAAGCUGGUUAGUAAGAUUGCUUCUUUCCAGAAGUUUGUGGCUCAUGAUUUCGAUGCAAGCGAUCAUGGCACUUCAAGCUUCCCUGUAGCUUCUGUGCACCGCAUUGGUAUUUUGGACAUAAGGAUCUUCAACACAGACCGUCAUGGUGGGAAUCUUUUGGUGAAGAAGCUCGAUGGAGACGGAAUGUUUGGUCACGUAGAGCUUAUUCCAAUAGACCAUGGCCUAUGCUUGCCAGAAACCCUAGAGGAUCCUUAUUUUGAGUGGAUUCAUUGGCCACAGGCAUCGUUACCUUUCUCUGAUGUAGAGCUUGAGUACAUACAGAGUCUUGAUCCAUUGAAGGAUUGUGACAUGCUUAGAAGAGAACUUCCAAUGAUUAGAGAGGCGUGUCUUAGGGUUCUUGUUCUCUGUACUAUUUUCCUUAAAGAAGCUGCUGCUUAUGGUAUGUGUCUUGCCGAGAUUGGCGAGAUGAUGACUCGGGAAUUCCGACCAGGAGAAGAGGAGCCAAGUGAACUCGAGGUUGUGUGUAUUGAAGCCAAGAGAUCAGUCAUUGAACGAGAUGUUUUAUCUCCAAGGUCAGAUGUAGUAGGAGAAGCAGAGUUUCAGUUUGAUCUAGACUGUGAUGAUUUAGAAUCAGUCUACGCUUCCAAGAUACAACUAACCGAUGACUACUUCACCAAAAACCCCUUUUCAAACGGACGUUCUUCUCUCGGGAAGCUUGAAGAAAGCAUCAAGGAAGAAGAAGAUGAUGAAGAAGAAGAAGAGGACAAAACUGAAAAUGCUGUCCCUAUGAUCAUUAUGAAAGACAGUUUUUUUAGUUCAGCUGCUUUUCGUGACAAAGCUCCAUCUCUUUCAAAGCUUUCCACUUCAAUGAAGAACACACAUCUUAGCGACACAGCACGGAAACACCCAAAACCCUUAACCAGAGGCAGAUCCGAGAACACAUCGUCUGGUCACAAAAGCGCAAACGAACAGCUUCCAAUGAGUGCAAGCUUCGUGAAAGUAGCCGACAUGAAAGAAGACGAGUGGGCUCUGUUCUUGGAGAGGUUCCAAGAGUUACUUGGACCGGCUUUCGCAAAACGCAAAACGGCAACGUUGAGUAAGAGACAGAGACUUGGCACCUCAUGCCAGUUUUGAGAAAUCAUAUAAUAGAAAGUAAAAAAACUCGAGAGAGAGAAAGUUAAACGAGACACGAUCUACAGUAUGGAGUAUGAAACUGAAGGCUUCUUCUUCAGUUCUAUGGUAGUAAAAAAAAUAGUUUACUUUUGGAAGGUUUGGCUUAUGACAAGCGACAAGGUGAUGAAAAGGGGUUUUGCUUGAUUUUCUUUUUUUAACUGCUUUGUAAAUAUUUCUUUUACCUCGUUGUGAUCUUCUUUGUUUGUUUUUUUUUCUUUUGCCCCUUUUAUCACCUUCUCUUGGUUUUUUUUUCUUCUUUGGUAUGUCCUUGUAGCUUGGCCUUGUCUUAUAAAUAAUAUUAGUCUUCUUUCACUUUA